CUCUGACACAAGUCAUGAUUAACUCUAUUGCAUGUUCUCUCUUUCAUUACUGUUCUACAUAGUACUGUGUCUAUAUAUAUAGUUUCAUCUAUCCUUCAUUUCCUAUACUGUUCUCCAUAAAGGUACCUAAUGCUCUCUGUCACACACUGUCAUCAUACUUCUUAGCCCAACCAACCCCAUUUUUUCUGUCCUUCCAUUCCUAACACCAUUCUGUUUUUUUUUCACCUCCUUCAAACCAAACAACUUCGGUUGUUUCUUUCACCUCCUUCAAACCAAUCAAGUUCUGAUUUUUUUUUUGAGAAAAAAUGGGUGAGAAAGAUGAUGAGUUUAGUUUGGGUUUGAGCUUGAGUUUAGGUUGUGGAGAAUAUGAAAAUAAUAAAACCAAAAACAAAACUCCUAUGAAUGUUAUGCAGAAACCUCUUCAAUCUGUUCCAAACCAAAGGGUUUCCUUCAAUAACUUGUUCCAGUUUCAUGAUCUCAGUAGCGAAACGAGGUCGUUUCUCCGUGGAAUCGAUGGGAACUCGCUGCGACCGUCUGCGGCGGCGGUGUUUGAUGAUGAGAACGGAGUUUCGUCCCCGAAUAGCACUGUGUCGAGUAUAAGUGGAAAACGGAGCGAAAGAGAAGGAAAUGGAGAUGAAAACGAUGCUGUUGAGAGGGCUUCGUGUUCUCGCGGUGGAAGCGACGAUGAUGAAGGUGGAGGAUGCGGCGGCGACGGUGAAUCAUCGAGGAAGAAGCUGAGAUUGUCGAAGGAACAGUCACUGUUGCUGGAAGAAACUUUCAAAGAGCACAACACACUGAAUCCGAAACAAAAGCAAGCAUUGGCGAAACAGUUGAGUCUGAAGCCUAGACAAGUGGAGGUGUGGUUCCAAAACAGGAGAGCAAGGACCAAGUUGAAGCAAACUGAGGUGGAUUGUGAAUAUUUGAAGAGAUGCUGUGAGACUCUAACUGAAGAGAAUAGAAGGUUGCAAAAGGAAGUGCAAGAGCUUAGGGCAUUGAAGUUAUCUCCACAACUUUAUAUGCAGAUGAACCCUCCCACCACUCUUACAAUGUGUCCUUCGUGCGAGCGUGUUGCCGUGUCAUCCGCAUCCUCCUCAUCAGCAGCCGCACCCUCUGCAUCAGCUCCAGCUAACCGCAAUCCGUUAGGCCCUAGCGUUCAACGGCCAGUACCUGUCAAUCCUUGGGCGGCCAUGUCUCUCCAAAACCGUUCCCGGUCUUGAGUCCUCGGCCAUGAUAUUAGCAUUAGGUUAAAGUAGGCAAAGAGAUUUAGUGUAUGUUUGAUACACGGUGAGUUUGAUGGAAUCAUGGCGGCACACUGCGAUUCUACCAAACUCAGUGCGAAAACGUGUGGUUAAAAGCUAGACAGAAAUGAAUCAAUUCUGCAGUGCACUUUACUUUUUAGUGUUGGUUUACUAGGACUUAAGGUUAUGACUUUAUUUUACUUUAGGCCUAGUGAUAACAUGUUUUACUCAACUUUAGGAUGUGUAAAGUUUGAACAUGUUAAAGUAGGUUGUGUUUUUCAUAUGCUGAAUAGUUUUUUUUAUUUUUAUGAUCCUUGAAAGGGUGAAAAGGAGAAUCCGAAUCUAUUUUAUCUAA